AUGGCCUCUGUAGGAUUCUGUGAAGAGCUGAACGACACGAUUGGUGGAUCUUGGGAUUCUAACAUCACAUGGUUUGGUUCUAUCGUUCAUCUUACCUGUAUGGAUGGAUACACCCUGAAAGGCAAUGGAACCAUCCAGUGUGUACCAGGAGUAAUGCCAUACUAUCCAAUAUGGAACGAAUCGAUUCCAGAUUGCAAACUCAACGAAAUUCCUUCAACAAUGGCUGAAGCUACAACAGGAAAAUCUAUGUGGAGAACUACAGAGCUAAAACAAUCUGUUCAAACUACAAUAAGUACUGUAUCUGCUACAACCAGUGAGAAUGAUAAACCUUUUAUUCAUAGUCACUUCAGGAUGCUCUUCAAUUAAUUGCUAAGCUCUUAAUUGAAAUUCGCAAGUUUUAUUACCACUAACAACAUACUAUCCCAAGGGUUAACACUUUUGCUUGCACAAUAUUACUAAUAACCUCUUAAAGUGGAGAAUCUCAUAAUUGUUGACUUACUCGAUAUUGCAUCGCAAAUAACAUACGCACAUACAUGUAUACUGCAGUUAACUAUGCAUUAUCCGCAACGCACACCGUCACUCACACACUUUCUUUCACAAACCAACACACUCGCGUACACAUAUACAAAUAGUUAACCAAUUAAUGGCAAAAAAGUCAACAACAAAAAAGGAGACCUCAAGAUAUCUAAAA